AUGGAGGAAGUUGUCUUUGAUGCUCCGAUGGUGCCCGGGCUGCAGGCUGCUCAGCCUGGGUUGCAGGCAACCCAGCCCGCUUGCUCAAGGCCCUGGGCUGCGCCCAAUCCCCAGGCCAUGCCGGCCGCACCCCUACCGAAACCAAGACCGCUCGGACCUUUGGAUGAAUUCCUUGCUGCCCCCGCCACGCCUGCUUCGAGCGAGAGUACAGCCGAGCUCGUAAUGGCUCGUGUGGCCAAGAUAGGCAAGGUCCACAUGACUUUCUAUCCCGGCGGUGGCGACGAAUGGGAGGAAGAUGAGGCAGUCAGCAAUUUUCUCACGACAGGCAGGCCGAAGUUUUGCAAGAUGCAAUGCACUUCGCACACGGAGCGUCUCCAACUCGCAUUGUUGGACCAAAAGCACGGAAUGGACGCAGCUUUCCUCAAUGCAAAAGAGAAGUCCUUCCUGGAUGCAUUGAACGAGGAUGAAAAGCGCAGAAUGUUCUCUCUCACAGACGAGGACAUGGAGAGCUUGGACGAAACAAAGGAAGGCGAAGACAUCAAAAUGCCAAGCUUGCCAUCUUCGUCCUCGUCGGCAAAGAAGAAGACGCGCCCCUACCCUUUGUCAGAGCCUGUGGAGAUGCCGUGGGAGGUAGCAGACAUCAUCAAGGACACUCUGAGCCGGCUCUUCAAAUUUCAGUAG